UUUCCUGAGCUACUCUGCUAGCUAGCAUGUGGAGAUCUGAAAGUUCUACUUAAUUUAAAGUUUACUCUGCUUUAUAAAUUGUGUUUGGAAUCUACACAUCUACUGCGACACCAUGAGCACGUUAUGGAUGGGGAACCUGGAGGCUUACAUGGAUGAGAAGUUCAUCACCAGAUCCUUUUCCACCAUGGGGGAGCAGGUGGUCAACGUGAGGAUCAUACGCAACAAGAUGACAGGUGUGUCAUCACCCAGGGGGGCUCUGGGUUAUUGUUUCGUGGAGAUGACGGAUGAGGCUACAGCUGAGAGGUGUCUCCGCAAAAUCAAUGGAAAAGCACUACCAGGAGCCAAUCCACCCACAAGAUUCAAGUUAAACCGAGCCACUUUUGGGAAACAAGACAGCGGGCAGAUGUAUUCUCUGUUUGUGGGAGAUCUAACUCCAGAGGUGGAUGAUGGGAUGCUUUAUGAGUUCUUCUAUAACCGCUACCCUUCCUGUCGGGGUGGAAAAGUAGUGCUGGACAGCAUGGGCAACUCCAAGGGCUGUGGCUUUGUUCAGUUCCCAGAUGAGCGGCUGCAGAAGCGGGCGUUGGAGGAGUGUCAGGGUGCUGUGGGACUGGGUGGUAAACCUCUGAGACUGAGCCUGGCUGCUAACAAUUUAAGGAACAGACAGCAGCAGCAGUCAGAGCAGAAGUCGUGGCAGUCGAACUCUGGGUACAGACCCAACUACGACCAGUACAACCAGUACCAGCAGCAGGGAUAUCCUGGUUAUUACCCCUCCUGGGGCUACGACCAGACUGGAGGCUAUGGCUACAACUAUCAGCAGUAUGAUUACUCACAGUAUCCCCCGCCACAGGAAACUGAAGCUGUGGCAGAAGAUGGAGUUGAAGAUCCCACUCCCGAGCUGGACGUGGUGGAAGCCAACAGGAAAUACAUGGAGCUCAGUGAGGAACUGUAUGACGCUAUGAUAGAGUGUCACUGGCAGCCAGCAGAGUUCUCCACAGAACAGGAAUGUAUCACAUCAAGUCUACCAGAACCUAUUUACUGCUGAAACUGAACUCUGUUUACAGCUGUCUGCUCAAAGUCUGACAGUAUGGAUUAUUUUUUUAAGAACGUAAAGGAACUAAGUUAUGGUCAUUGUUCUUCAAGUGUAAACCUGUAGAAGUGUACUGCUGGUGUACACAAGACCAGGGAGCAGCAAAUGAAAGUGUUGACAUUUUUAUGUAAUUACCUUCCUCAGAGAUUUUUUAAAUACAUUUUUGAUUUAUGAAUGUACAAAACACACUGAAACAAAAUGGAAAUAUGUUUAAGUGAGAAAACUUAUUGCACACAUGGUCCCAAAAUGUUAAGAGACACAAAUAAAGUGUAUGUUGUACAUAAUGAAUUGUGUCAGUGUUAAACAGCCUAUGCAUGACACCCCUGGCUGUUGGUACAGUACACCCUAAUACACUGCGCUGCCAUCAAAAUCCACCUGUGUACAAUAUGAUUAUAACAUCUAACAGCUGUUCUGAUAAUAUGCAUUUUUUCUAAUGAAAUGAAUCAUUGGUGAGAACUGCUGCAGUGUGUGUUGCUUUCAGUGAAUUCAUUCUGUUCCUGCUGAUGUCUUUUGCUACAGAACAUUUAAAAAAAUAAAAGCA